UGCAGAAAGGUCUUGUGUUCUUACACAUACAACGUAUAUACAAAGUGUUUUGCUCAAAAAAAGUGAUUCGUCUUACUGCUUGUGUUCUUUUGUUGAUAAUCAAUGCAGGUUUUGUCAAACUGUAUGGUGUUUCAUUGUUGUCAAGGAAGAUACGAAUGAAUUUGAAUGCUCCUUUCAAGACCGCUUAUAGAUCAAUACUGAUAAACAGAAACGAAACAAACUUAGUAAAACACUACCCAUGGACUGGGAGCUAGAUGAUGCGAUAGAAAUUAUUUCUAACCGUUUCCAUUUGGUUCUAAUCAUGGAAUACUUUGACGAGUCUCUGGUUCUUCUGAAGCGUAAAAUGUGUUGGAAAGUGGAUGAUAUUGUUUAUUUUCAACUGAAUCGACAAGUUGAUUCGAGAAACCAGUCAAAUCCUGCAACUCGCGACAAAAUCUUACAAUGGUCCAAAGCCGAUCUGAUGCUUUACAAGCAUUUUAAUGAAACUUUGUGGAAAAAAAUUCGAAAUGAAGGCGAUAGCUUUUGGAAUGACGUUUCAUUACUGAGAAAAAAAAACGCUGAUUUUCGUCGCAUAUGCCUGCAAGCAGGUCGAGUAGUCCUGGAUAGACCCUAUCCCGGAUCAAACUCUUUCAUAUAUGGACAUGCUCUAAAGUCUGAUAUUCCACAUGAACAUAUAUUGUCUUGCCAAAGGAUGGUGCGCUCUGAAAUGACGUAUUUGAACUUCUUCAAGCAUCGUUUGGAUAAGACAUGAACAAAGCGAUCAAAGAGAUAGUUUGUAUCAUCAUUUAUCACGCCUCAUAUAUGAAAGUACUCUGUAGAACAUUGUAAACCCUGCAUUUGAUAAAUUUUUUCUCUAUAAAA